AUGUCUACCACAAAUCUAUCGGGUCGUGUUGUAUUGAUGUUUGUUGGGGCGUCUGCUGGUAUGGGAGCUGCCACAGCACAAGAAUUUGCGGAACACGAGCUCGAAUCAAAUAUUCGUAGGAAACACCCGUCAGUGGAAAUUCAUAUCGCCGCUGUAGACAUUCGGAAUAAGAAUGAAAUUGAUAACGCUGUGAAUAGUUUGCCUGAAAAGUUUAAGCGUGUUGAUGUGUUGGUUAAUAAUGCAGGCAUAGCAGUCGGAUUUAACACGAUAGAAAAGCAAACACAGGAGGAUAUCCUUUCGGUACUUGAAACCAAUCUUAAUGGGCUCAUUUAUAUGACACAUGCUAUUUUGCCGAGGAUGAAAGAACGAAAUUCCGGAGAUAUUAUCAAUAUUGGAAGUAUUUCUGGCAAACAGACACAUCAAUAUGGAAAUUCUAUUUACUCAGCAUCCAAGUAUGCGGUCGAAGGAUUUACAACAUCGAUUAGAAAAGAACUUAUAGCUACGAAAAUUCGCGUGAUUUUAAUACGGCCCGGCGCAGUGAAGACAGAGUUCACGCUACGCAGAUCCGGUGACGAUGACAAAUUCGAUGCCAUUUUUUAUGAAGGAUAUGACCCGCUUGUAGCGAAAGAUAUAGCCGAGUGUGUCGUUUUCGCAGCCAUCCGUCCAACAAACGUCGUGAUUUCGGAAAUGGAAGUCCUGUCUAACGCGCAAGCCGAUAUCAUGUUGAUUCAUCGUGAAGGAGGUGAUGGGCCGUUAGCAAAAAAGAAGAUUUAA